AUGAGUAUAGACAUUGAUCUGUGUUCGAACCUUGGAGAGAACAAGAAUUUCAAAUACAAAUAUUACGAGGCUGAGAUUUUUUUUUUUUCUUUUAUCAUUCUUUGUUUUCAUUCACACUUUUUUUGUUCAUUUUUUCUUUCUGCUAUAACGUUUCUUCAACCAAUUUCUUUCCUUCUUUCACUUUUCUUGAUUCUAUUCGCAUAUAUUUUUGAGUUACAAUUUUUCUUCUCGACCUGUCAUUCAUUCAUUCAUUCAUUCCAUAUUCUUGCUUUCUCUUUUCUUUAUUCUUUCUACAUAUUCUUCCUCCUUAUAGCGUUUCUUUCUUUUCAUAUUUUUCUUACUACUAUAACGUUGUUUCGAAAACUUUCUUUCUAUUUUCUCUUGACUUUCUUUCUUUCUUUCUUUCUUUCUUUCCUUCUUUACUUUCUUUCUUUCUUUUUUUCUAUUUGUUCUUUCCACCAUGACGCUUCUUCUCGUCUUUUGUGUGCAUGUUUGUUUGAUUGUUUCUUUCUUUCUUUCUUUUCCCAUUUUCCUUAG